UAAAAUACAACAAAGACAUAGCGCGAACUCUCUGCGAAGAGGGAGAUUAAAGAAAACGCGGGACCGGAGAAAUCCUCCGAUCGGAUCAACUCCCUCUGCAGAUUCAAAUCAAGGACCGGGAAGGAUGUCGUCCUCGACCUUCAGCGGCGAUGAAACCGCUCCAUUCUUCGGCUUCCUCGGCGCUGCAGCUGCCCUGGUCUUCUCCUGUAUGGGAGCUGCGUACGGGACUGCAAAGAGCGGCGUCGGCGUGGCGUCUAUGGGCGUGAUGAGGCCCGAGCUGGUGAUGAAGUCGAUCGUCCCGGUGGUUAUGGCUGGUGUUUUGGGGAUUUACGGAUUGAUUAUUGCUGUGAUCAUCAGUACCGGGAUUAACCCCAAAGCCAAGUCUUACUACCUCUUCGACGGAUACGCUCAUCUCUCAUCUGGUCUUGCUUGUGGUCUCGCUGGGCUCUCUGCUGGAAUGGCUAUUGGAAUCGUCGGUGAUGCCGGCGUUAGGGCCAAUGCACAACAACCAAAGCUCUUUGUUGGUAUGAUCCUCAUCCUCAUCUUCGCAGAAGCUCUCGCCCUGUAUGGCCUUAUUGUUGGCAUCAUCCUUUCAUCCCGAGCUGGCCAGUCCAGAGCAGAGUAAUACCGGAUGGUGGUUCUGUGGUUCGUCCCGCGUUCUAUUUAUUUUCCUUUGGCUAGUCCUUUUCUUUACUUACUGGUGAUGGGGCUUUGGAAAUUAAAUUUGAUCUCUGGCUGCAAUAUCGUCGCAGCUAAUUCCUUAUUAUUCUUAUUAUUCCAUAUCCUUCAUAUGCGUAACUCUUGAACUAUGGUCUUUGCUGUUUCGCUGAACUACUAUGUAAUGCGUUGUCCGUUUAGCUCGA